AUGAAAUUAUAUAAAGGUGUAAAAAUAACAGUUAAAGAUAUUCAUUUAAAGACGAAUAAAAUUACCGGUACUACUCGAAAGGAAGAGAAGGAACAGCAAUAUCAUCAGCAGGAGCAGCAGCAGCAGGAAGAGCAGCAACAGCAGCAGGAAGAGGAAGUUCAACAGCAACAAGAGGAGCUUUCAGAUCAAAAGAGUACAAGUACAAAGAGUAAUAGUAAGAGAAGUAAGACUAGUAUUAGUAGUAGACUGAAAAAGCGAAAGAUAGAAGCGGAAGCAAUGACAGAGAGUCCCGGUAACACCAACCAAGCUGUAGAUUCACCACAGAGUGCAUCUUCAUUUGUCAACAUACAAUCGGAUAGUUCGUUUGUCGAGAUGAGCUCGAGCACAUCACCACAACCCUCUCCGACAUUCUCGUCCAACUCUUCCUACUCGAUUCAGCAUGGCGAGCAGGUAGAGGAGCAGAACAACAUGGUCGUCGAGUCGAGUAGCUCCCAACAGCCAAACGGUGUCGAUGUCCACGGUGACCAGCCGGCAGACGACGACGAGAACGCCGGCGUCGGUUCAGGCUCAAAGAAAACAACAGGUGGCACUAAAAACACUGAGGAUGCAUCGACCACAACAACCACUACAACAUCGAUGGCCGCCAAUGGUGUUGUCAUUGACAGCAACAAUGAGUAUGCAUCACUCACCGAACAGGAGCGCAAAGAGAAGAACAACGCGAUCAAACAAGUGAUCAAGACCGCACCACUAAAGUUGGGUGAGAAGUGGUAUCUCAUUUGCAAACCAUGGUUUGACAAGUGGGAGUCAAACAUGUACUCACCGGAGCAGCUCGGUCCCAUUAUCAACGAUACUUUGCUCAUCACUGACACCACACAUCUCAGAUUGAACGCCACCGAAGAUCAAGACUUUGUUGUUGUUCCAGAGUCAACAUGGGACUACUUUUUAAAGUCAUACGGCUGUCCAACCAUUAUAGUCAGAAAGGUUGUUAAAAGCCUUAUUUCACUCCAGAUCGACUACAAGUAUCCACAGUGCUUGAAGUUUUUCAAAUCUUCACAACCAACAAGAAUUAUUGAGCAUUUUGUUUGUAAAUCUGAAACUAUUUCCUCUGUCAAAGAUAGAGUAUGUAAACUAUUUGAUAUUAAUCCAGCAGAUGUAAGAGUUUGGGAUUACUAUAACAACAACAAAUAUGCAGAGUUGAAGAACACUGAAUACGUUUCAAACUCUAAAUUGGUUGAAAACCAACUUAUCCUUUUGGAUGAAAGACUGGAAGAUGGUUCAUGGCCACCAGAAAAAAAUCAUAAUACCUAUAGUUAUUCAUCAAGAUACAAUUCACGUUCAGGUGCACCUCGUCCAGGUGUCACUGGUUUAGACAAUCUUGGUAAUACUUGCUUUAUGAAUUCAUCUUUACAAUGUUUGAGUAAUACAGUACCAUUGACAAGAUAUUUGUUGAAUGAUAAGCACAAUCAAGAUUUGAAUAGAGAUAAUCCAUUGGGUUGUCAUGGUGAUCUCGCUAUUGAAUACGCCAAGUUGAUCAAACAACUCUGGCGUGGUGAUAUUACCUCGACCGGUCCAAGAGAAUUGAAGUCUCAAAUCGAAAGAUUCGCUCCACAGUUCCAAGGAUACCAUCAACACGACUCCCAAGAGUUGUUGGCUUUCUUGUUGGAUGGUUUGCACGAAGAUCUCAACAAGGUAAAGAAGAAGCCAUUCAUCGAGGGUAAAGACUACGAUAACCGUCCAGAUGAAGUCAUCGCCAAGGAACAAUGGGAUAUGCACAAGGCACGUAACGAUUCCGUCAUUGUAGAUUGGUUCCAAUCUCAACUAAAGUCACGUCUUGUCUGUCCAGUCUGUGGUAAGAUCAGUAUCACAUUCGAUCCAUUCAUGUAUUUGUCAUUGCCACUUCCAGUCAAUGUUCGUAAGCAAUUUGAUAUUGUCUUUGUACCAUAUGACAGCAGUGUCGCACCAUCACCCGUCAAGGUUGAGAUGCCAAAGACCGGUGUAUUUGAGGAGCUUCUCGAUAUUGUCUCAAAGCAAGUCAAUGUCGAACCAGAGCGUCUCGUUGCAACCAUGCAAUCAAUGUCUGUCAUUCAAAAGGUUUACAAGCCAACUCAAUGUGUUGAUAUCAUUGGUAACAGAGAUACAAUUGUUGUUUAUGAAAUCCAAGGAGGAUUAAAGAACCCAGAGCAAUUCGUAAACUUUAAGGUUACAAUGAAGACAUCAUCCUACUCUAAUCAUUUCCCAUUCAUUCUCUCUGUACCAACCCAACAGUUGAACAACGUAGAGGAAUUGUACUUCCAUAUUAUUGACAGAUUGAAACAUUUAAUUAAGGAUUUAGAUAAGGUUAGAGAUGUAUUCAGCAGCAAUGAAAAGUUGGCACCUCAAAACGAAGAGGAACAACAAGGCGAUGAGAAUGAUCCUUACAGAAGAUAUAGUCAAACCGACCACUACAGCAAUUACCAUCAAGUCAUGAAGAAGAGACCUAAGGAUCCAAGAUUCAUCUUCCAAAUGGCACCAGACCACAAGUAUGAAAGAAAGGAAUUCGAAUUUAAUCCAGUCAAUUUCGACUCGAUUAUACUCCAAUGGGACGAAGAGAGUUUCGACUACUUCUUUGAUUCAGAGAAACUUCAACACUCUGUUCCACCCUAUGUUUUCCAUCGUGAUGUCUCUGCCGAGAAAGAGCUCACCCUUGAGCAAUGUCUCGAGUUGUUCACCACUGUCGAGCAGCUCGGUCCAGAUGACCCCUGGUAUUGCAGCACCUGCAAAGAGCAUCAACGUGCCACAAAGAAAUUCGUACUGAAACCAGGAUCAACACCACUCUACGAUCUCUUUGCCGUGUCUAAUCACUACGGUUCGUUGGGUGGUGGUCAUUACACCGCCUAUGGACUCAACGAUCUUGAGAAUCAAUGGAUCAAGUUUGACGACAGCUCCACACACAAUGUCGAUCCAUCUCACAUUGUCUCUGAUGCCGCCUACGUUUUGUUCUAUCGUCGUCGUGACACCAAAGACCCAGAUUUCUAUCUCAACAAUGGUAUCAAAGAAUUCAAAGAUUCCGUUGCAGAUUUAGUUGCUACCAAUCCACCACCACAAACCAAUGGUAAUAGCAAUGGUUACGAAUCGAGCAGUUGGUAUAAUGCUCGUUCCUCAGGUAUGGUCGGUACUGGCACUCGUUUGGGUGUUGCCAGUAACAGAGAGAACAGUUACGUGGGAUACACCUCAACUACAUCCACCGGUGUGUCUGCUGCAUCGUCCUCUUCAUCAAAUAGCAUCGUUACACGUGCCGAAGCAGCUGCAUCACCCAGCUCAAACCAAGAAAUGGAAGAAAUCAACACCAAUCCCACAAACGGAAGCGAUACUGCAGAUGAACCACCAGCUCAAGAAACCACUGGUGAUUCCUCAUCUUCACUCAUGGAAGUCGAAUAA